AUGGAUGGAACUCAGCCCUUUGAGGGACUCGAUAUGAACCUUGACAACAUCCCAGGCACCGAUCCGGAGCUUGCACUUUCGCCCGAGUCUAUGGCCAAGCUCUUGGGCUCUUUUCCCCAGAAUUUCCUGGAAGCAAAUGGACUCAGUUUGGACAUUGACAUGACUGAGUUCAUGAACAUGGGCGUUGAUCAAAUUAUCCAGGAGCUUGAAACCUCGAACAAGCGUGCCAGCGACGAAGCUUUCCCGGAUGCAUGCGAUACCUCUUCCCCCAAGAAACAACACCUUGAUACCCAAAGAUCUCACUCUGUGGACUCUCUCUUCGACGAUGACAUCGAUAGCUUUCUGCGCAACUCGGAAGUUUUCCUCAAGAGCCUGCAUCACGAACCCACCUCGACUCUCAACCCCGCCGUUGCCCUUCCAUCCCAUGAAAACACCACUCCCAUUGCCGCGACGGACAAGGCACUUGAAACCAACCAGGAUGACUCGGGUGUCUCUCUGCACGAGUCUCCCAGCAGUGAUGCAACUUCGACCUCGACCUUUUCUGUCAUUCCCUCGGAACAAAACACCACUUCUGUUGCCACGGAGAAGGCAAUUGAUCUCAUCCCCCCUCUUGAUUUGGUCGAUGAAGAACCAAUUUUCGUUCCGUCUCAUGCGGCUCCUUCCGUCGACGUCUCGCCCGCGAGCGGCAAGGCAGGACGAAAGUUUGCGAUUGGAAGCCAAGAAAUCAAUGAACAAGCCACCCUCGACGCCGUGACUCGAGCCAAUGCGAUCGCCAAGGGUGUCACUCCCUACAAGCCCAUCGGGUAUCAACCCUCGACCCCGAACCAGCAUGCUCGAGUGGUCGAAGUCCCAGACAAGGCCAUGAAUUUCCGCGUCAAUUACGCCGAAUCUCGCAACAACAAACUUGUUGUGGAGCGCGACAGGUAUCGGCAAGCUUGGCUCGAGGCCACCACCAUUGAUCCGGGGACUGGCAAAUCGAACCUGGAGCUUGCCGAGGAGGCCAAUGCCACUCUCCGCCGUGUGAACAGCACUAACAAGACGAAGCUUGCCAAGCACAAGCACCAACUCCAAGAGUUGAAGAACUGCUUUGACGCCAUGAUCAUGAAGAGUCUCGAACACAACGACAUGAUGAAGAAUGUCUAUGGGCCGACGCCGCUCCUGGCUGAAUUACGAACCCGGAUUUACGGAUUUGCUCAAAUGUAUGGCCAAUUGCAUAGUCAAUCCACGGAGAACCUCGCAGCCUUCGAAUAUUAUGGUGCACCGAGUCUUUCCCAGGCCCCAAUCAACCAGUCAGUCCCUGCGGCCUCUUUCAAUCCGUGCAUGCCACUGCCUUCGAUGCAGCACCCGGGCCCUAUCAAGAUCCUUCCCAAGCCUUCUAACGCCCCUCCUGCUGGUGUGUUCUAUGCGCCGAACAACACCCCUUCUGCUGGAAUGACCUGUACGCCAACCAAGACUCCUCCUCUUGGAGUGUUCUAUACGUCAAGUUCGAGAAACUCUCCUUCGACUUCCAAUCCCGUUGCGAGCAACACAACCCGCACCUCUCCCAAUGCUCGAGGUUCAGCCAAGACCACGCCUACGAAGGUCUCUCUUCCGCGAUCUUCGAACAAAGCUCCUCGAACUGCGACUCCUGCUAGCGCAACGAAUACGGUAUGCACUCCCUCCCGGGCUUCACGCCCUGCCAGGUCGUCCCCGGUGAACGCCACUUCGGUCUCCCCUCCCCAGGUUUCAUCUGGAAACCGUACCAGUCCCAAGAAUGCGACACCAGCAGGACGCACUAUUACAACUUUCCUUGCAGGCCAGGCUCCAAGUUCCGCUAAUCGCCAACAGUCCACGUCCCGUCGAUCAUCGUCGUCAUCUGCUCACCUUCCGUCCUCCACGGUCUCCUCUCAGGUGAAACCCAUGCAGGCUGCUCAAACGACGAUGGCACCUCGCACUUCCAUCCUGCCUAAUUCAGCUGCUGUCCCCCUGAUCGACCUGACCAACGACCCCGCCGUGAGUGUUCAGACAGCCCAGCUUGCGCCAGCGGUAGAAGACGCCCAGCUCACAGAAUUUCACCGCGAUUUCAGGAAGAAGGAGUUCAACUGGCUCCGCAGCAACGAGACCACGCUGGAUCAGAUCAACCGCAUCAUGACCGCAGUCAAACGGCAGGCCCAACCGGAUGAAACCACCGCCCCCACGGCCGAGACGACUUCCAAGAAGUCUAAGAAAUCCAAGAAAUCCGGGGACCUCGCCAUCCCAGGCCAGUGCUAUGAAUUCGUCGAGCGACAGAAAGCUAUCCGCCGUUGCCUUGGAAAACCCUACGACGCCUUCGACCCCGACGAGACCGAAGACGACUGCGAAUUCGAGCUGGACGAUGAUUUUGCUCCAGCUAACGCCGCCAACCCCUCGUCCUCUCCCUCUUCCUCUUCUUCUCCCCCCGUCGCGAGCACCAACGCCUCCCCUUCCAGCUCGAAAAGCUCCGCUGAGAGCGUUGCUGUCCCUUCCCGGUGUGUGAAGAAGUCUCCCCCCAAGAAGGCCGCCUCCCCCAAGGCCAAACAGGCCGUCCCCGUCCCCGUCCCCGUCCCCGCUAACUCUGUGCCCAAGGUGGCCCCCUCCAAUGUCCCCCCGCCUGUUGUCGAGGCUGCUGUCGAGCGUGCUGUGGAGGCUGUCGCCGUGCCCGCCCUCCAGCCUGUUGCCGAGCCUGUCUUCGAGACUGAGGACGGUUCUUACCAGGUGACGGAGGCACAGCUGGCGCAGAUGCUGGAAGAUGCGGUGCGCGGCGAUGUCUGA